AUGGCGGCUGUGGGGCCGGGGGCGAUGCUUGUGCUGUUCAUUGGUGGCUGGCUUAUCUCAUCGGUAACGACUUGGAUUCUCUUUUCAGCGGUCACAGAAGCCAGGAGGCAGCCUGAGACGAUCAUGUCUAUUUCCUCCCGGCUCCUGAGCAAUUCCAUGUCGUCGCAUUCACUGGUCGGCCUCAUCUCGCCUCAGGCGGCGCGGGGGCUGGACACACCGACGGCGGAUCCUCACGACCCUCACGCUACCCUGUCACCGACAGCGGCUCUCCUGUCACCGACAGCGGCGAGUGUGCUGGAGCGGAAACGAAGUACCUCUGUCUACGAUUUCAAAGAUCGCAAGAGCAGCAAGCAGACUGCUCGGGUUGUGGAACAAGCUCACUUACCUGGCCCAUCCUAUGGAGACUUGCUGGCCAUGGUGUGGCCACCGAGUUACAUGACCCUCUUGGACUUUGUGUUGCUGGUACACCAGCUGCUGGCUUUGACAGUCUAUUUCUUGUUCAUCUCUGAAUUCAUGGCCAAGCUUCCGCUCGUUUCGGAAUGUCCUCCGCCAGUGGUCAUCCUGAUCCUCGCUGUUCCAGCAUCGCUACUGGCUCAGCUGGAAUCCGUUGGAGGUCUUGCAAGGCUGGCAAGUAUCAGCCCUUUUGCUCUGCUCUUCAUGAUGUUUGGAGUCUUCUACAGAUACCACCAUCCGGACUCGGGCAUGGCACCCUCAGACUUUUCAACAGCUGAGCCAGACCAUGAAGCAAUUCCAUCAGUGAUGUGCGUUGCAGUAUUCUCGUUCAUGUGGCACACCAACUGUGUCACUGUCGCACGUGAGCUACGUGAUCCAUCAGCAACACGCCGCCUCUUUGUGGUCCUUACGGCAACUACUGUGCUGCUUUUUGCUUACACCUCCUUGGCAUAUUUUGGCUACGAGACCUUUGGACAGGAACUGAGGAAGGUUCCAACAAUCAUGAUGCUGUAUUCUCGGGACGACCCCAUCUUCAUGACGGUCCGCGUUUUGCUUUCCUGUUCGCUCUUCGUAGCAAUUCCGCUCAACGUAUACCCAGUCCGCGAGUCUAUCCUAAACCAGGUGCGGUUUCACAGCAGUGGUGCCUUUUUUGAGGCAGCCAUACAAAGGCAAAACUACAUAAGCAUUUGUCUUGUGUUUGUUCCUGCGAUCUUGGCUAUUGUGAUUCCUAGCGUGACGGAGAUCAUAACAGUAAUCGGAGGCUCGCUGGUCACCUUCUUGAUGAUAGUCUUUCCUGUGUUCAUUAGCGAGCUCGUUCUGCCUGAGACGGUGGUGCUGCUCUUGAAGUUCUUAGCAUUGCUUGUGGUGCCGUGUCUCGUAGCGGCUUCCUUCAAAUUGAUUGGCAAGCCUUUCUAG